AUGUCCCUCCGCCCUGCAUCUUCACGGGUCUCCUGCUUCAUCCUUCCCAGACGAAUCCCGAACGGCUUGCGCAGCCUCUCUAUCCAAGCUCAACAGCCAGCCUCUGCAGUCGCAUCCUCAUUUCUCUCCCGAUGCCAAUCCCGCGGUCCAACAACGCGCACCCAGGUGCUGGAUAGCAACCAACUUCAACUCCUCUCUCUAACUCUUAACCGUCCAUCUCUAUUUCCUGGGUCACCUCCGCUGUCCCAGUCGAGCAGUACCGGUUCCACAUCUCCGCCUCCAGGAACACCCCUGCCCCCCGGGUACCAUCUCGUGUACUUCACCCCGGCAUUUCUAGAGGGUGAGCUCGGGGCCGACGGAACAGAUGUCUCAUAUAACCCGGAUGCACCGUUCACGCGACGGAUGUGGGCCGGGGGGGAACUGAGUUGGUCUCGGGGUGCUGACGGGAAACCAAAUCUGCUACGGGUGGGACAGGAGGUUCGGGAGACGACGAGGGUUCUCAGUGCUGAGCCCAAGGUGGUCAAGCGGACGGGGGAGGAGAUGCUCGUCGUUGGUGUGGAGAAGGAAUUUGCUAACGACGAUGGUGUCGCCCUUGUUGAUCGUAGAAAUUGGGUAUUCCGCAAAGCUCUACCUACAUCUCCUUCAGCAGCAAGGCCAAUGGCAUCAUUGAGACCCCCUACUCCCCCAAAACCGUCUACUCCCAACCUUGCCGGGCCGGUCAAGUCUCACAAGCGGACCCUUCAACAGUCUGCUGUGACUCUAUUCCGUUUCUCGGCUCUCACAUUCAACCCCCACAAGAUACAUUAUUCCGUGCCUUGGGCUCGUGAUGUGGAAGGACAUAGGGAUGUUGUCGUUCAUGGUCCUCUGAACCUCAUCUCCAUUCUUGAUUUCUGGAGGGACACUCGGGACAGACAGGGCGAACCCGGUUUGCUGCUCCCGCGAAGUAUCUCUUACCGAGCUACCAGCCCGUUAUACGUAGAUGAAAAGUACGAGAUUGCCCUGGAUGAGGAUAGGGAAGGCUUAGCAGAAGUUCAGAUCAUCCGGCCUGACGGGGUUGUUGCUAUGAAAGCGACAGUCAGAGAUCAUUAA